CAAAAAUAUUCAAAGCAAAAACAACACCAAGAGUGAGUAAAUGAACCAAAGCACUUGACCUUUCAAGAGACUAGCUGUCUCUGGCACUGGCAGCAGAAGCAGAAAAAGUUCCAGAAAUUCUGGUAACGAAGCAAAGGCAACGCAGCGAUUAUGGAUGAAAUGUACGGAGUGCCGUCGACGGCGGAGUACGCCGACAAGGCUCUCAUGACGCCGGAGAAUCUGAUUUUCCCCGCCGACUACCACGGCUACCUCGCCGCAGCCCGGAUUCCGAUGUUCGGAUCCGACGAGCUCUUCUCCGCCGAGCCCUCCGCCGGAAUUCAGCGCCCGCACGAGGAGGACGUGGCCAGCGCCGUCAUGAAGGCCAAAAUCGCCUCGCACCCUCACUACCCUCGCCUCCUCCAAGCUUACAUCGAUUGCCAGAAGGUUGGGGCGCCUCCGGAAAUCGCGCGCUUGUUGGACGAAAUCCGGCGAGAAAACGACCUGUGCAAGAGCGACUUUGUUUCCACGUGCUUUGGAGCCGAUCCCGAGCUCGACGAGUUCAUGGAAACCUACUGCGACAUGCUGGUCAAGUAUAAAUCCGACUUGGCUCGCCCUUUCGACGAGGCAACCACCUUCCUCAACAAGAUCGAAAUGCAGCUCAGCCAUCUCUGCACCGGCGCUUCCGUUUCCACUCUUUCUGACGAUGGGGGUGUGUCCUCGGAAGAAGAUUUGAGUACCGGAGAUGGUGAUGCUCAAGAUGGGCAAGUAAAGGGUGAAGAUCGUGAGCUGAAGGAUAAGCUUUUACGUAAGUUUGGGAGUCACAUUGGUACUUUGAAACUGGAGUUCUCAAAGAAGAAAAAGAAGGGUAAGCUUCCGAAGGAAGCAAGACAAAUAUUGCUUCAGUGGUGGAAUGUUCACUACAAAUGGCCUUACCCAACGGAAGCUGAUAAGAUUGAACUGGCUAGGUCAACAGGACUAGAUCAGAAGCAAAUUAAUAAUUGGUUUAUUAAUCAAAGAAAACGUCAUUGGAAACCAUCCGAGAAUAUGCAGUUUUCUAUGAUGGAAAAUCUUAACGGACGGUUCCUUGCCGAUGAAUGAACGAAUGAGGUGCAUGUACAUGACUUUCUCAAAUGUAUAUCCCCAUUAAUUAUUGCUUGUAUCUUCUUUUGUAAAUUCUAAAUUAAGAGCAGAUUACUGACAGUAAAAUGCUUACUUUCCCAUGAAGAGAAAGGGAAAUGAUCAUAGUAACUUGCGUCACUUGUAUUCUUGAUAAAUAACUACUGGCAUUGAGAAUGAAUGCUUAUAUAUACUUUGGUCCAA